CCGACGCCUACUGGUGCGUCUGCGCCCUGAGGUCGGAAGUCCAAGUUGCGCCGCACGCCCCCCGCAGACCCUCAAACCGCGCGAGAUUUCCUCUCUGGCUCCGUGGCGGUGAGUGACAGGACUGGUUUUAUACAGAUCUUUCUGAGACCACUGGACAAACAAGGCAAUGAUUGUACAGAGAGUGGUUUUGAAUUCCCGUCCUGGAAAAAAUGGCAAUCCAGUGGCAGAAAAUUUUAGAAUGGAAGAAGUAAACUUGCCUGAUAAUGUCAACGAAGGACAAGUAAAAGCUAGAACUCUUUAUCUUUCUGUGGAUCCUUACAUGCGUUGUAGAAUGAAUGAGGACACUGGCGCUGAUUAUAUAACACCCUGGCAGCUGUCUCAAGUGACUGAUGGCGGAGGUAUUGGGAUUGUAGAAGAAAGCAAACACACACAUUUUACUAAAGGCGAUUUUGUGACAUGUUUUAUGUGGCCCUGGCAGACCAGGGUUAUUCUGGAUGGAAAUGGUCUUGAAAAGGUCGAUCCAAGGCUUGUGGAUGGGCACCUGUCAUAUUUCCUUGGAGCUAUAGGUAUGCCUGGUCUGACUGCCUUGAUCGGUGUACAGGAAAAAGGUCAUAUCACUGCUGGAUCGAACCAGACCAUGGUUGUCAGUGGGGCAGCUGGUGCCUGUGGAUCCUUGGCUGGGCAGAUUGGCCAUUUGUUGGGCUGUUCCAGAGUGGUGGGAAUUUGUGGCACACCUGAGAAGUGCCUCUUCUUGACCUCAGAGUUGGGCUUUGAUGCUGCAAUUAAUUAUAAAAAAGGGAAUGUGGCAGAACAGCUCCGUGAAUUGUGCCCUGCUGGAGUGGACGUGUACUUCGACAAUGUUGGUGGUGACAUCAGUGACACAGUGAUAAGUCAGAUGAAUCGUAAUAGCCAUAUCAUACUGUGUGGUCAGAUUUCUCAGUACAACAAAGAUGUCCCGUAUCCUCCUCCACUACCUCCUGCUGUAGAGGCGAUCAGGAAAGAGAGAAACAUCUCAAGAGAAAGAUUUAUGGUGCUUAAUUAUAAGGACAAAUUUGAGUCUGGUAUUCUACAGCUUAGUCAGUGGUUUAAAGAAGGAAAACUAAAGAUCAAAGAGACUAUGACAAAUGGAUUAGAAAAUAUGGGAGCUGCAUUCCAGUCUAUGAUGACAGGAGGUAACACUGGAAAACAGAUAGUCUGCAUUUCGGAAGACACCUCUUUAUAGUCUCUCUUAAUGUUUCUAUUAAGGAAAUAUGCUUAUUGCUCCCAAUCCUGUACAUUUUCAAGAUAUGUUUUUUAAAAAAAACAAACCAAAAAACCCCUUAGGUCAAAGAUAGUUGUUUUUUUUUUUUUUGCUUAUUUUGUUUUUGAGCCCUACCUAGCAAUGCUCAGAACUUACUUGUAGCUCUGCACUAAGGGAUCACUCCUGGAAGAUUCAGGGGACCAUAUGCAGUGCUGGAGAUUGAACCCAGGUCCACUGUGUACAAGGCAAAUGCCCUACCCACUGUACUGUUACUCUGGUUCCCAGGUUUGUUUUUAAUUUAAAUGUAAUCAUAGGUGACUUUUUGGUGUUUGUUUCUGUUUAUAGGGGUCACAUCAGGCAGGUCUCAGGGGUCUACAUCAGGUCUUGAGACGAGGCUAUGCCCAUCAAGCCAGACCUUCUGGGGGCUGGAGUUAUAGCACAGCGGGUAGGGCAUUUGUCUUGCAUGUGGUCGACCCGGAUUCGAUUCCCAGCAUCCCAUAUGGUCCCCUGAGCACCGCCAGGAGUAAUUCCUGGAAUGGAGGAAUUCCUGAGUGCAGAGCCAGGAGUAACCCCUGUGCAACAAACACACAAACAAAGAAACAAACAAACACAGACCUUCUGCAUGCAAAGCAUGUGCUCAGCCCAAUUUGGCCUAGGUGUUAUUCUCUUAGCUGCACAGCAUAAUUCUUUUCCCAUAAAUGUCUAUUUUACAUGGAACAUAAGAUUGCUUAGAAUAAUACUAAGUUAAUCAGAUUUUUUCUUUUGCUAAAACUGAAAUUACAUAUAUUUUUUACUAGAUAGUCCUAAACCACUAGAUAUUAGAUAGAACAGUUAAUGGAUCAUACAGAAGAUGCUUAAAAUAAUAUUUUAAAACAUAAUGCUGAUGUGGGGCUGGAGUGAUAGCACAGUGGGUAGGGCGUUUGCCUUGCACGCGGCCGACCUGGGUUUGAUUCCCAGCAUCCCAUGUGGUCCCCUGAGCACGGCCAGGGGUAAUUCCUGAGUGCAGAGCCAGGAGUGACCCCUGAGCAUCGCUGGGUGUGAACCAAAAAGCAAAAAACAAAAAAAACAAAAAACCCCCAAAAAAACAACAUAAUGCUGAUGUGAGGGUGGAGAUGGUACAAGUCUUGCAUGCAGCUGCAGAGGUCAUAGCCACAGCAGUUCAAUCUCAGCACCACAUAUGGUCCUCUGAGCACUGCCCGGGGUCACUUCUUAGCCAGGAAUAGUUCCUGAGCAUCCUGGUGUGGACCAAAACCAACCAACCAAACAAAAUACAUAUAGUGCUUGAGGCUAGAGAGAUCGUACAGAGGUUAAGACAUGUGCCAUGCAUGUGGCAGACCUUGGUUUGAUCCCUGGCACAACAGGAUCCCCUGAACAUCUCUGGGUAGAGCUGCUGCAAAGGCCCCCAAGUACUGUAGGCCUGGGUAAUCUCUGGCACUACAAGAUCUGAAAAGCACUGCAUCUUUAGGGCCUUGCAUGAACUGCUAGCCAAGCUAGCCAAGACACUAACUUAAUGGCAGGAUGUGUAUUCUAUAAUGUUGGAGUAUUCAGAGUAUAUGGCCAUAUGUUUGUGAUAGGAGGCAGAAGCUUUGUGUUGGUAGUAGUCCAAAAAUUAUUGAGGUUGGUUAGGUUGAUGGGAAAACUAGGAUUUACUACAGAAAAUGAUCUAUUAGUUUUAUGCAGCUUACUGUGUAACCUGAAAUCUCAAAUAUGUAUCACUAUAAACAUGUUUAUAUUAGGUUAGCAAAUACACAGGAGCAAAAAGCUGUAAGGCAAAUAGAUUAAACACUACUUGAAGUUUUAGGUGCUUAAUUUUUUUUUUAGUGGAGCAAAAUAGUUUUUAUUGAACAAAACUUGAAAUGAAACGAGAAGAGAGGAAAUAUGUGUUCAAGAGAGAACAUGACCUUCUCCAGAGUGGAAAAAACAAAGCAAAGAAAGAGACAAGCUAGCGAGAGACAUGUUCAAAGGAAAACAUGAACUUGAAGGAGUGACCUGGUGAUUAAAAAAUUUUAAAGAGAGGCCAGCAGGACACUCAGGUGGUCCAGCUAGCUUAUGCUGGGUAUCUAUAAGAUACUGAGUUUGACCAAGUGUGGUCCUGGUAGCUGCCUAGCAAGCACCAUCCCUAGUGCCCAGAACCACAGAAAUUUCAGCAGCCACAACUGAGCACUAGUGGGAGUGGCCCUUCCACCCAGUUAUUGUCAGGUGUGGGCCCUAGGGGAGAAAAAGAUUUAAACAGCACAGACUGCUUCAGAAAAGGUCAGGAUGGGAAAAUUCACAAAUGGCUGUAAACAUGAAUGUUUUAAAAAACAAAAGUUUGUUUCAUUAACUGUAAUCAAUCCUUUAAAACAGUAAACAUUGAAAAUAUUU